AUGGAAAAAAUGAAAGCAGUACGAUUUAAUCAAAAAGGUGACAUCAAAAAUUUAGUUGUAGAAGAAAUCGAAAAGCCAACUCCUAAGCAAGGCGAAUUAUUAAUUAAAGUUCAUGCCUCUGCCAUUAAUCCUAGUGACGCUUUUAACGUUCUAGGUAGGUUUCAAAUCACCACUUUACCGCGCACUCCUGGAAGAGAUUUUGCAGGCAUAGUUGUCGAUGGUCCACCUGAAUGGUUGAAUAAGGAAGUAUUCGGAACUGGUGGAUACAGUGGAUUCACAUUUGAUGGAACUCAUGCUGAAUAUGUUAUAGCAACUCCUGAAACUGUUGCUAUCAAACCCGAAAAUUUAUCUCUCAUUGAUGCUGCAUCAAUUGGUGUUGGAUUUUUAACAGCUUACCUUGCGUUAGAUACUGCAAAUAUUAAGGAAGGUGAAAAUGUCCUUGUCAUAGGUGCACGUGGAGCAGUCGGUUCUGCCGCGGUCCAAAUAACAAAAUUUCUUAAAGCUAGACCAAUUGGCACAUUUACUAAUAAUCCACUUCCAGAAAUUGGAGCUGAUUUUGUUGAUACCUCAACUGAGGAUUUGAAAAAGAAAGUUCUUGAUUUGACGGAUCAAAAAGGUGUUGAUAUCGUAAUUGACACUGUUGGACACCCUGCAAUAUUUGAAAAGGCAUUCUCAUCAUUGAAAGUUCGUGGAAGAUAUGUUGUAAUGACAGUUGGACGUUCAGAUAACAAAUACAUCUCAUUUGAUGGACUCGAUUUUUAUCGUCGAGAACUUCGUCUUUUUGGACUUAACACAUUAAACUAUGCUAGGGAAGAUGCAGUUAAAGCAUUUAAUAUAUUGAAACCAGGGUUUGAAAGUGACGCCCUUCGAGCUCCAAAAAAUAUUAAACAAUAUAAAUUGGACCAAUGUAUAGAAGCAUAUGAAUAUGUGAAUACUAAACCAAAAGAGAAAAUUGUUUUUACGCCAGAUACUGGAGAAACACAACUUUCUCCUCCCCAACCAACACCUAUUUCAACGCCAUUUUCUUCCAUACUUACUUUACGACAUGCUGCGAUGAUUUCCACCUGGAUUGAUCGACUAUUAAAAACCAAUAAUGAGAUACUCGGUGGUUAUAAUCCCCUUAUUUGGAAAACUGAUGAUGAUACAUGGGCACCGGAAGCUGACAGUUUUAUAUUCUCUUUAAAAAAUAGUAGCGACUUUUCACACAACACUUCAUACCCUAUUAUUAGUCGUGUAAAAGAUAAGUCAAAGGCAAUUCUUUAUCGUUCAAUGUCAAAAGGUCCAUGGUUUGGUAGUUGUGAUCUUGGAAUGGGAGAUGUCAUUGAUCCUAAAAACUGGUAUUGCGAACUAUUGUCAUAUGAUAGGCCGAUCAGAAUGACAGGAGAAAGUUGGUUUUCUAUAGUAGAUUAUGAAGUAUUUCAAAUUUGUAAAGCAAUUUGA